AUGUCUCUACAAGGAAAAACGGUGCUUAUCACGGGCGGAACCAAGAAUUUGGGCAAGCUUACUGCAAUUGAGCUGGCAUCGAAGCACAAGGCUAAUUUAUUCCUUCACUACAACUCCACCCAAGGUGAUGAAGAGAAAUUAGCGCAAAAAUUGAGAGACGAUUACAAGGUUAAAGUCGAAAUUUAUCAAGGCAAACUGGGAUCCGCUAAGUCGGUUGCAAGCCUUUUUGAAGCCGCCAAAACCAAAUUCGGUAGCAUUGAUGUGGCUAUAAACAACAUUGGCAUGGUGCUCAAAAAGCCAAUUGCCGAAGUCACGGAGGAAGAGUUCGACCUCAUGGAUGUUGUCAACAACAAGGUUGCCUUCUUCUUCAUCGCACAGGCUUCUAAACAUGUUAGUUCCGGCGGCAGUAUCAUUUCUCUGGUGACUUCCCUGCUCGGAGCCUAUACCCCGUAUUAUUCGGUAUACCAAGGCACUAAAAGCGCAGUCGAGUUUUACACCAAGAGCGCUUCCAAGGAGCUUGUUGGCAAACGAAUUUCUGUGAAUUGCGUCGCUCCUGGGCCAAUGGAUACGCCAUUUUUCUACGCCCAAGAACAGCAAGAAGCUGUCGAGUUUUACAAAUCCGUGGCUCUCGAUGGCCGACUAACUAAGAUUGAAGAUAUUGCUCCAAUUAUCGCUUUCGUGGCAACAGGUGGCACCUGGAUGACAGGCCAAACACUAUAUGCUUCUGGAGGCAUGGUCGCGCGCUGA